AUGUUGGUGUCUGGGAGUGAGAAGAUAUCUGUUAAAGUUAGUAACUUUAAGAGUUUUGGGAAUGGUGGUCUUCCGAAGUCUCAGAAGUAUAAUGGUUUGGCUUCUGUUGCGUAUGGGGUUAUUAAACGUACGCAUGAGAUUGUUGAGGAGCUUGUUAAGCAGAUAGAUGUGGCUGUUAAGUCGAGGAAUGCUAGGGAGCAGAUGGAUCAGCGGAAUUAUGAGAUAGCUAUUGAAGUUUAUCAGCUGGAAACGACGAUUAGUAAUUUGAGGUUGGAGGUUGCGGAGAAGGCUUCACGUGUUGAUGAUUUAGAGAGGGAUGUGAGUGAGAAAGAUAAGAGGGUUGGUGAGCUUGAGAGAGGUAGUUUGGAGAAGGUGAGUGUGCUUGAAGGUGAAGUUGUGGAGUUGAAACAAUUGGUUGAUGAGUAUGAUGGGAAGUUGAAGGAAGAAUGUGAUGAUGCGCAUGGAACCAGACCUGAUACAAAUGUUGUGUCGAAGCAUUUUGAGAAAUUGAAUUAG